UUUUCUGAUUGGAUGUCUAACAGGAAGCGAGAGGGCAGUUCAUGCUUUGGGUUAAUAUAUGAAAUUCACCGUAAAUCGACUGUAUUUCCUCCUGAUUUUAGUUUUCUUUCCGUUUGCGCUGAUUCAGUUCUGAAUGGAAUAUAAUUCGGCUGUGUUAAACACAUGUACACAGUUUGUCCUGUUAUGUUUUAUCGUUCUGAAGGCGGAGGAUCCGUUAGGUGACGGAGGCGGCUGGUCAUUAAAUUCAGACUUCAGAUUGCAGGAUGAAGGUCCUUGUAACAUCGAUGUGUUGGACAGCGCUUCUCUCUCACACAGACAGUUCAUCGAAAGAUAUGCUUACAGCAGACCGGUGAUCCUCAGAGGUCUGACUGACAACACGAAAUUCAGGUCUUUGUGCUCCAGGUCGAGUUUACUAGAAGAAUAUGGCGACCGGAGAGUGCGGCUCAGUACAGCUAACACGUACUCAUACAAGAAAGUGGACGUCCCUUUCCAGGAGUACGUGGACGUUUUCCUGAGGCCUCAGUCUGCAGACGCCCUCGGCAGCGACACGCUGUAUUUCUUUGGCGACAACAACUUCACAGAGUGGCAGAGUUUGUUUGAGCACUACGAGGCGCCGCCGUACGUCCUGCCUCACACCAGCGGAGCCUUCAGCUUCGGGAUCGCAGGUCCUGGAACUGGUGUCCCCUUUCACUGGCACGGUCCUGGUUACUCUGAGGUCAUCUAUGGUCGGAAGCGUUGGUUCCUGUACCCGCCUGAUCAGGAGCCUCAUUUCCACCCGAACCGCACCACCCUGUCCUGGGUGACGGAGACCUACCCCCACCUGCCCGAGGACGAGGCUCCACUGGAGUGCACCAUCAGACCCGGAGAGGUGCUGUAUUUCCCUGACCGCUGGUGGCACGCCACCCUCAACCUGGACACCAGCGUUUUCAUCUCCACCUUCCUCGGCUGAGCUUCACCUUCACCUUCAUCUCCUCUUCCUUUUAAGGGAUUCAUCUCAUCUCUUUUUAUCAGAGUUCGGCGCAGACUGACGGGAGGAAAACACUCAACAAGAGACUGUAUCUGAUGCUUCAGGUGACUGACAGAGUGAUGAGCUGGGAUCAUUUAUUCUGAAGCCCCACAGUAACAUUCCAGGUUAAUCUUUUUAACAAAGAUUGUCCUUACAUUCAACCAUGUUUGAACAACAACAACAAGUAUUAAAGACCAAAGGAGCUAAAAGAGACGACGUUCUGUCACUUCUCUCAGGAUCAGUUGUAGGUGGAAAUACAUGGGAGAAUUAUUGAUCUAUGUUCAUUUUUAUCAGUUGGUUUUACUAUGAUGACGUAAUAAAGCACCAGUCUUUUGUGACAGGAAGAUG